CUUUGUACCUUUCUAUAAAACCGCUUUAGUUCUCAAUAAUACGGCACGACGACUACAUCUUCAAUAAAAUAAUUAUGUAACGACGUUUUUUUUUUUCAUCGCGAUUAUUUACUCUUUCAGUAUUUCUUGUAGAGUACUGUGCAGCCAUGUAUAAUAAAUCUGUUUGUAUUGUGCACCUUGUAAAAUAGUGAACCCAGUAUAGUAAAAUGAAUUAAAGGAUUUCAAAUUUUUUUUCACUUCUUAUUUUAAUGAAAAUAUUUUUCCGUAUCGUUAAUACUCUAGAAGAACAUUACCCUACUCAUGUUUGACAUUAAAUAUGAAUUGGGGGUACUAUUUCAUGGAUAAACAAAUACUGAAGAUGUCUAGUACAUAUUAAAACAUUUAUUCAAAUGUUUAUCUAUAUCAAUAAAAAUUUUAUUUAUUUUAUUCUACGACAUCCGUUAAAAUCAUCAAAAACUCAAAAUGGCGGAUCAUAGUGAGAAAAAUCAAUUGCCACCGGGCUGGGAAUGUCGAUACGACGUCAGAAUUGGUCGUUCGUAUUUUAUUAAUCACAUUAAUCGAACGACAACAUGGGAGGAUCCCAGAGUGAAAUAUUGGCAUUUUUCUCCAUAUGGACAAGCUCCCAAUUUAAUAACAAGUACAUCAUCAACGAGAACCUCUCAAGAAGUUAUUCCUUUACAGACUGGAGGAAGUUUUGGAGGCGGAAAUUUAGUUUAUGCUGCAACUCAUCGAGCACCACAAGUUUAUCCGAGUCCAUGUCUUUACAAUAAUCCACAGCUUGCAUUUUUACCAUCAAGUUCACAGGAUUUAAAAACAUCAAUGUCACGAUCGCUAAGUGCAGCAACCAACAAAUUUGGCGAUGUAACAAUCGGAUCACCGACACCAAUAAAACACAUGGAGACUAGUUUGAUGCAAGAUGGAGAUGUAGAAUUACAAGUCGCAAAAAUAAAUGCAAUUUUUCCAACUGUGUCUGACACUCAUAUUCGACUUUUACUAAAAAAAUAUCAUAACAGACCAGCACUGGUAGUGAGUGCGCUUCAAAUUGAGAAGAAUCCACUUUGCGCACCUGGUCCAUGUACGCCUGUUGGAGUGCAUUCUAACUAUGCUUUUUCACGAUGGCGUCUACCAGCUCAUGCUAUUCAUGCUGCUAUCACAUUGAAUCCACCUCGAGGGGCCAGGCCAGCCCCGAACUCCCCAAAAAUGAAACUUAGGUACCUGAAAAAUAUUUUUCCUAAAGUGGAUGAAACUUUAUUGCUUGACAUUUUGGAACAAAGUGAUAACAAUGUUCAAAAAGCAACGGAAAAAUUAGUCGAACAAGGAUAUGAAAAACGAAAUCCUACCGGACCAAGUAAAUCAAUUAUUCGUUCUAAGGAAGAUGGAGAGAUCAAAAAUGCUCAGUCAGUUACUCCAUCACCUCCUCGGAAGAAAAGCGAAGAGGAAAAAAAUAAACUCAAAAUCAAAUUGAUUGAAAAAUACGAAUCCGUUCCAGAAAGAAUCAUAGCAUUAGCUAUGGAUAGUGUAGAUUAUGAUGAAGAACGUGCUGUCCAUAUAUUAGAUAUUAUGAUUGCUGAGGAAGCUAUUCAGCCUCUUCGUACAUCUAGUAGCCAUAGCAAUAAGAGUGAUGAACGUAAAGAUAGUCCACCAGUUACAGAACCUAUUAAAUUAACAGCAUCGCCAAUUAAAAAAAUAACUGAAAAUAGUGAAACUGAAAAGGCCAAACGAUCAAAAAAUAAAGUUGAAACACCAAAGGUAUCAAAAGGUACGAGUACGUCAGAAGAUCGUGAAUACAAAUCUCCACAUUGCACGCAACCUACAGGAGCCAAUUCUGAAUUGACGAAAGGCCCUAAUAAUGAUUUAUUACUACCUGAUUAUGCACCAUGGGUUGGACCUGAUCCCAGUCUGUUGUCAGCAAAAUCUCGUGCGAUUGGUAAAAAUUCUUCAUUAGUAACAGGAUAUCAAACUUUGGCGAAAGGUCCAAAUCCUGAAUUACGGAAAGGACCUAUUCGAGGGCUUGCACAAGGUUCUAUUUACUCACAAAGAAAUACAUCUAAUAUAGAAAGUCGCGGUAAAUGAGGAAUGUGCAAUUGUUUUAUUUAAGUAGUUCCUUUAAUUUAUCAAUUCUCAUUAACUACACUUGAUGAAUAAUAAAAUAUUAAUUGGGAUCAACAACAAUAUCAUAGGUACACUUAAAAUUAGUUGUUUUUCUGGUAAUAACUGAUGUAUGGUAUAACGAUAAUCUUAACGAUCCAGUUUUUUAUCGUAAAAUAACCAAAACAUUAUGGUUUAUAGUUAUUCAAUCAUCUAUAUUUUCAAUCACAAAUAUUUUAUUACCAAAGAACUUACAUAUGUGAAUGUAAACAAAAUAUUAAGGAUAAUGGCGAGACAAUGUUUAGCAAUGAAAAUGUGAAAUACUUUCUACAUCAAAGUCAUGCUUCGAUUUUUUUUUUCUAAUUUGUUAUAAAAACGUGUUAAAAACAUCGUGUUGAGAUUCUUCAAACCUGCAGCGUCUUGAGCCAGUAAAUAAUAUCUGAUUUUGACUUUAAAAAAAGGCCGGGGUACGCUUUCGAUUGGGCGCCACCUCAAAAAAUAAAUUAUUUGUCCUGGGAUACACUUAAAUAAAGUCGAACUGAGAAAAGAGUUCUUGUGCGCUUGCGCAGUAGCAAAAAACUUGGUAGAGGGAGUAAAAAAUGAGUGGUGGGGAGCCCGAAAACAUUGAAGCGAUUGAGAAAUAGAACUUUUUCCUCAGUUUGACAAUAGUGAAUAAACAGAAAAACUUAGUUCUGAUAUUACUUUCCUUUGGACUAUCAGUCAAUUGAAAGUUCUUCCAAAAAUUAUAGACUUGGAAAGUAAGACUUGAUUAUGGAUCAAUUUUUGCGUACGUAGAUCCGAAUGAAGUUAAAAAAAUUCUGUUACUAUCUACUUUCGGCCUUUGGAUAAACUUCCGAUUAAGUGUCACCUCAAUUACCAAUUUUUUAAACACAUAGACUACUCCACGACUAGCUCAGGACGAUUCUCCGCGAAAAAUUUAUUCUGUCAAGACCAGGAAUCGAACCCGGUAGAGCACUAUAUGAAUCACUGAAUGAAUCAUAUUGACGCUCAAUUUGAUCUCUUUGUGAGUAUUUCAUUUUAGUAGUUCAUAGAUGGUAUACUCACAUGGUAUACUACUACUGAAUGAAAUAUCAUCAAAAUCCGUCGUGCCCUGUCCAAUUUGUUAUAUGGAUUAAAAUAAGAAAUUCAAAACGUGUUCACGAUUAUUUUAUUCAACUAUAGUGUAUUGAAGUGAGGAAGAAUAUUGGAGGGCAUACUGACGCAACAAUUGGCGUAAAAUAAUAGGAUUUAAUACCAUUCUCUUACCAAAUUUACGCAUUCAUACAUAUAAGUUGGUGGCACAUCAUUAUUAGUGUGUGCUAUUAUUUUUGCGCGAUGAACCUAACAAUAAUAUAAAUAUUUAGUCGAAGAAGUAUGUAGCACUACAUUUUAAGAAUUCAUUUGUUAUUCGCAAAUCACUUGCAAACAACAAACACUAACAUGAGGUGUUAAAAAAAAUGUGCAAAAAAUUUUUUCGGUUUCAUAUAUAUUAUUGGUAAUGUUAUGUCCGACUAUUUUUAAUUAAAUUUUAUUUAUUUAAUGAAUCAUAUUAUUCCGUAAGGUUAUGAUCUAAUGGUAAUACCAUAGAAGGGAAAGGGGUAAUUGCGGGUAGCGUGUGAAGGAUUGGAGGCGUCGGACAUGGACAGGUAGUUUUUCUGAGGGAAAGAAAAAAAAAACCAAACUUCUUUCCCCCUUUUUUUUUUCGUUAAAAGAGCCUGCACUCUUUUUCCCUCUUGCCAAUGAUGAGUCGCCGUUCAGAAUAGGAGGUUGACAAUGUAAGAUGAACUUACCUUAAUCCGUACUGCUUGACAGGAGGACAAUUACGCACCAGGUACAGGAACGUUGAGUGGUGAGUUUCGAUGGGAGAUGUUUGACUCCAAGGGAGUAGGGAUUCUCCUGGAUCACAAAUAACUUACGCACAACACCUCUUAGUAAACCAAUAUUUAUUUAUUGUUCUGUUUUAGUCCCUCUUUUUUUUCUUACAGCACUAAUAAUAAGAUUUCUAUUUUCUUUUUGUUUUGCCAGUAAAUUUGUAACGUCGGUAGACGGAAACUUUUCAUUUAAUAUGGUUAGCAAUAAUUACUAUAGGAGAGGAUAUACGCGUUACUGCGUCUCGGGAGAGAUUAUUGUAACGACUGAAGAUAGAAUAAAUUUUAUUUAGUUCAACGCGAUGCUAGAUACGCGGGCUGUCUUGACGGGUCUAUGGUCUUUGACGAAAAGCCUUGAUAAGAGCUGUUUGGUCUACGAAGUGGCCGCGUGUAAACAGAGUCGCCGGAAGUAACCCUGCACCGGUUUGAAUGUCAGCAGCCGACAUAAACAACGAUCCAACAAAGUAUUGCUUUGUAAGGAUUGAAUCGUCAUUUUAUGUGUGCGUGAUUUCUGGUGAACUGGAAAGUUUCUCAAGCUGAUUAAGCUGGGAAACUCCCAGUCCACAGAACAAAACGGGAAAAAGGUGCACCGUCUGCAGUUUGGGGCCCCGGGCCCCGCCACAAGUCAAAAGGCUUGGGAAAGAGCUGACCAUCGUCGACGGAAAAGAAAAAUGCUGGUCAGCGGUCUAAAUCCUAUGCAAAAAGUAGAAGGAAAGAGGAAAGGGGGAAAUAGAAAAAGAAAUAAGGGAUACGGGAUGGACGAAUAUUAAGUCGGACAUAACAGUAAAAAUAAUCCGAUAUUAUUUACAGAAAUUUUAAGUUGAAUUGGGGUAAAAUAGAAUGAAACUAAAAAGUAUUACUUUUUUAGCUAUAGAAAUAUGCAAUCCCAAGAUUUAUUAUCAUUUUCUUCGAAUAUAUGAGAAUUUGAUAAUUCUACUCGUCAUUAUCUAAUAAAAUAUGUGUAUAAAAUAUCAUAAUAGUAAAAUAUCUGAAAUGUGCAAUAAGUCUAUGAACAUAGAUGUAAAAGUGUAUUUUGAUAUAGUUUCCUCUAAAAAUAAACGAAAAGGAUCCUGCCUUGAAAUAGUCAAAGUGAAAAAUAAUCUUCAUAAUUAAAAAAAAAAAAAAACAAUCUCUUAUGACUAAUAAUAAUGAUCAAAGUAUUAUUUAAAAGAAAAAAAAGAUGGGCUGUGGAUACGUCGUUUAACGAGAGCUAUUUUUAUAGCUUUUUGACUCAAUUCGAAGAAUAAAUUAAAGAUGGUAAAUUACAAUAUAAAUAAUAUAUUUUUACUAUAUUUUAAUGAGGUUCUUUACAUACUAAUAGAAUGUAGUUAAAUCAAUGUUGUCAACUGUAGAAAACUUCUUGUGGAUUUAACAAUAUUGUAGUAGGAUAAUUAUUCACAAUUAGUCCAAAUCGAUUCUAUCUAAAGAAUUAUUUUUUUUUCUAUUUUUAAACAGUUUUAUCAAAAAUUGUGUGCGUUUUCAUUUUCAUUAGUACUUUCUUUAAACAAAGUUAUUAAGAAAUGAAAUAUCCUUAUUUAUUAAACUAAUGAUAAGUUGAAAUAUUUCAUAUAAUACAGGCAUGAUAAACGUAACUUAUCAUGCCUGUAGAGAGGAAACUAAGUGGCUGAUUGUCGACCGGUGGAAUAAAGCGAGAUCUAAGUAAUUUACUUAAAUCCCUAGUAACUUUUAGUCCCUAGACUCUUUCCACCAUGUCGCUAAUCGAGUACUUAGAUCCCUCUUCACGGCUGGAAUAAGUUACUCUUAUCAUAACCUUUUUUAUGUAAAAGAUCGUAUGCACCACGAGACCUAAUGGCUAUCAUCGCCUCAGCGAGAUGAUGUCAUUCAAAUCACACGUAUAUGCACUCUUCUUCGACUUGUGCACAUGCGCCGUGCAACUCGAGUGACGUCAUCUACACGAGGCAAUAAUAGCCCACUUAGGUCCCUUGAUGCAUAAUCUACUAUUAGCUUGAAUAUUGCAUAAAUCUAGUAAAAUACGUAACUAAA